AUGCCUCCUCGCCGCCUACGCGACGCUGCUGCGCACGCACACCACCGAGAGCCUGCUGGUCCUGCGCGGUCUGGGCAUCCAGACGAGUUCCACGAGCGGGAGCUACCUAUCCAGGACGUCCUCGUCAACGAGGCCUUCCGCGGCUUCGAGGUGCGAUACUACCUCAUCGUCAUCGUCGAGGGCGAGGAGGACCUCGUCGUCGUCUUCCCCAGGCUGCUGCCGCGGAAGAAGAUCGUCGAGACGGUCUGGAGGGGGGUCAGGGGGUGUCUCUGGGAGGCGGACGGGACCGCCGGCGGGGGUGGCUGGAACACUAGGAAGAUGGACGAAAGAUGGCAGGGUGGCGUCUAG